UUCAGAAUUUUGGAUUUCUUCGGAAUCUUUCUCACAAUUUGUAACAAGUAAUAUGGAAUUCCCCAAAUCCCUCUCCAGGACAGUCAGGAUUACUGCCUACCUACUGUUACUAGCCCUCGCUGUCACAUGUGCCACCUCAGCUCGAAUACAGGACGAACAAUUAUCCCCUCCGGUUCCAGUGGCUCCGGCAACAGCACCGGAGACACCCGAUCCAGUUGAAACGCGAGUCCCCGAUAUAGCACCUGUGUCCACUUCUGUCACUACUGAUGUGGCACCUGGGGGCCCACCAGCCAUCAAACAACCAGAUGUUGCUUCUUCUGCAUCUACCAGUGCCACCAUGGUGAAUGCGGACCCCCAGCACCCAUUGUCGUUCUUCAUGCAUGACAUACUUGGUGGGUCGAACCCCUCUGCCCGAGCCGUGACGGGAAUUGUAAACAACCCAGCGAUGAACGGUCAGGUUCCCUUUGCCAGACCAAACGGUGCAGUACUCCCCGUCAACAAUGGCAUUCCCCUCAACAGCGACAACAGCGCAAUUAUCAACAACAACAACAUUCCAUUCCUCACCGGCCUUGGAGGCAGUUCAUCAACUGUCAUUCAGAACAAUGGUAACAACGUCAUAAAUGGUGGUUUCGGGGUUCCUUUGGUGAAUGGAGCCCAGCUUCCUGCAGGGACCACCAUCCAGAAGCUCAUGUUCGGGACGAUGACUGUGAUCGACGAUGAGCUGACUGAAGGUCAUGAGCUAGGAUCCGGUUUGGUUGGAAAGGCACAAGGGUUCUACGUGGCCAGCUCGGAGGACGGUACCAGCCAGACCAUGGCAUUCAUCGCCAUGUUCCAAAGCGGCAAUUACGCUGACAGCCUGAGUUUCUUCGGGGUCCAUCGCACCGCCGUCUCGGAAUCUCAACUGGCCGUUAUGGGUGGCACCGGAAAGUAUGUAAAUGCCAAGGGAUACGCCACGGUGAAGACCAUUCCUUCCGUGAACCACCAUGAGACCGAUGGAGCGGAGACUUUGCUGGAAUUUACUGUCUAUCUCACCUAUUAAAUUUAAACAUUAAUUGCUUGUGAAUUGUGAAAUAUGUCGAACAUCUUCUCUGUCUAUAUAAGAAGAGACAUCAAAGGGUCGGUACCUAUAUUUCUUGGUGUUGUUGAUUAUGUGGAUAUAGGUAAAGUUUGGAUUAUUGGGACGUUCGUCUUUCUUUUUUCUUUUGAAUGUAUGGAGUUGGGGUCUUGGAAAUUCUAAUUCCCUC